UGCAUCCCUACGCACAGCUGAUUGUGUUUGGCAAAACAAUUUAGGCAUUUGUAAAUAUACAUACUUGGAAUGUAAUAAAUUUUUUUCUUAAAAAAUUACCAUGAAUAUUGAUGCAUCACCUAUGGAAAUGGAGCCUGGCCUUGCUAAGCAACUGUUCACAACAGGCGCUGUACUAGUGAUAACGGGCGCUCCAGUGGGCACAGAAUUCGGCAUCGAUCUUUGCAACUAUAAAAUUGGUGAGAAAUUUCGGGGCGUAAAAAUGAUACCACCUGGUCCACAUUACAUUUGGUGCGCUUCAUGUGGUCCUUAUGGCGAUGUGGCGCCUCGUGUUGGAUUCGUACAUUUUUUCAAAAGUGAAGAAGUUGUAGUUCGAGAGUGGAACCAUCGCGAUGAAGAAAUGCAGGAAAGCCAGUGUGAUGAUCGUGAGCUAGAAAAGAAGCGCAUACGUGACAACCUUAAGGAGUUUGAUAGUUUUCUUGCACCAUACGACUACCGUUUUUACAAUAAGUGGAAGCUUUUAACAGAUAAGGUGACAGAAGCCACAGUAGAUCGCUGCAGACCUAUUUUGGGUUCAAUACGCACAAAUGUAGAGUUACAAUCAUGCCCAGAUGAAGAUCGACCACGCGGUACACUACAUAGUAAUAGCUUACAACAACAAUACGGGAAAACUGUUGUGAAUGAAAGUGAUUUGCUGCCAAAUUUGAAACCGGUUGAAGGUACUGCACCGCGCUUCACAGAAUUGCCUGAACGUAUUCCGCAUAAUGCUACGCCAGCUGAGGUAUCUCAAAACAGCAUGGAUUGUGUAGACGCAAUCACCAAAUUAGUUGGAAAGUUUCACAGUUCGGAAGCGUUGAUCGAUGAAGAACAAUUGGCUUUUGUAUUUUAUCUGGUUGGCUGCUCAGUAGAGUCCUUGGCACAUUGGCGGAAGAUUUUACACUUACUAGCGCACUCGGAAAGGGCUGUACAAGACUUUAAAAUUCUGUACAUGAAGUACUGCGAAGCAUUGAUGCAACAAUUGCCGCAUUUGCCUGAAGAACUUAUGGAAGCAGGUGAAUAUAACACAGUAUAUAAAGAUAUAAGAUCGCUGCUCGUUAACUUAAAUAUGGCUGGUCUUGGAGUGAAUGCCGAUAAACUUAUGAGAAAGUUGGAAAAAACUUUGCAGUGGGAUUUCGAAGGAUUGCUUGAUGAAGAUCCGGAGGACAUGCCUGUUAUAGUCGAGAUCACGUAGACUUGUAAUUUGAAUGAAUAAAUAUAAUCAAAAUUACCACAUUUAUUUAAAAAAGAAAUUAUUCAAACAUUACUAAUACAG